AUAAUGUCAGUUAUUGUCAAAAAACAACGACGCCAAGAUUGUUGACUUUAACCAUUAAGUUUAAUCUUUUAAAUUGUAAUACCGAGCUACAUACACGUGUUUAAAUAAUCAUUAAUGUUUCAAUUAGUGUACUAAGGAAUUUGAUAAAAAUGGCCGGGCGAGGUAAAAAGGCAGGCGGGAAGAAAAAGGCGAAUGGAUAUAAAAUGCCAGCACCUAUCCCCGUCGGGGAAGUGAUUAACGAUACUUUAAUGAAUAAGAAAUGGAAAAUAGGGCCUUCUAUAGGAGUCGGAGGCUUCGGCGAGAUAUACUCGGCUUCAGCAGGCAGCCCUAGGAAGUCCGCUAACAACUAUCCCUACGUGGUUAAAAUCGAGCCGCAUGAGAAUGGGCCAUUAUUUGUAGAAAAACAUUUCUACAUCAAAAAUGCUAAUAAAGAUGACAUUUCAAAAUUCAUGCAAAGUAAGAAACUAUCGAGUCUGGGCAUGCCCACGUACUUCGGUAACGGUUCGCACGAUUUCCAAGGGGAGAAAUACAGAUAUCUAGUGUUGGAGAGGUACGGGAAAGACGUGUGGACCUUGUUCAAUGAGUGCAACAGAUCGUUCCCUACAACCACUGUCUUCCAGUUGGGAUUACAAAUGUUAGACGUACUCGAAUACAUACACAGCCGUGACUAUGUCCACGCGGACAUCAAAGGCGCGAACAUCCUAAUGGGUCUGAAGAAAGGUACUGAGAACCAAGCAUACCUGGUGGACUUCGGGCUAGCGUCCCGGGUGAACGACAAGGAGUUCAAACCAGACCCCAAGUGUGCGCACAACGGGACCAUCGAGUACACCAGCCGGGAUGCGCAUUUGGGAGUGCCAACCAUGAGAGGUGAUCUGGAAAUCCUGGGGUACAACAUGCUGCAGUGGAUCGUCGGGGAGCUACCGUGGGAGAAGUCACUGAAGGAACCGAAGACGGUUCAGAGCAUGAAGGAGAACUUCAUGAAGAACCCCAAAGCAAAUAUUACCAAACAAUACCCCGAUGUACCCAAUGCUUUAAUCCAAUUGUUUGAAUACAUCAACACAUUAAAACCAAAAGAUAUACCAGACUAUACGAAAUGUCGAGAAAUUUUCGAAAGUUAUCUCAAAAGCGAGGGCAAGACGCGUCAGAGUAAAAUAGAAUUUAUAAAUAGUAAAAAUACGAAACCAGUUAAGAAUACAGACAAAGAACUCGAACCAAAGAAUUCUCUAAAGAAAGUAGUUGUUAGGAGACGUGGCAGACUAGCUAAAGCACAGAGCCCUGAGAGCGACAAUUGUGAGAAUGAACAGCCUGCCGACAUAGCAGAAACAGUCAAAACAAAGAAACGAAAGUCAACAGAACCGCAUGUAAAUGUUACUAUUAAAAAGACUAAAAUGCCCCCUAAAGCAACACCACCGGUUAAGAAAAACCACAAGAAUACAGCGACACAGACGUCUGUAGAGAAACCCAAGCGGCGGGUGUCUUUUGAUCUUCCCGAGAAAGAUAAGGACUCAAGUCAAGAAGUUAACUCCAGUGUGGACAUAUUCGACGAUUCGCAAGAGAUUGAAGAGAAGAAAGUCAAGAGGAGGAGACGACUUUUGAACACGAAGAUAGUGACAGUUAAUCGUGUUGUUAGAAAGAAGACAACUGCAAGGAAUAAAACUUCAGAUACGCCGGCGACUGCCAACGGCAGAUCGCCUAAGUAGACACGUCUUUCAAACUUUUUAAUGUUUUUCGUAUCAUCGAAUAAAUUAUACAUUAUUUAAUUCUUUUCUGAAAUCUAUUAUAAAUCUAAGCUAGUGAAAUUUGGAAUUCAAAAUUGGUAUAAAUAUAUGGACUAUUGAAUUAACAUCUUCAUUGUCUACCAACUCUUUCUGGAAUGGAAAGUGAGAUCAAUCAUAUAAGCACGCAUUCAUACGAUGAUACGAAACAAACAGUAUUUGUAGGUGUUUUGUAAACUCGAACUAAAGGACAAUUUUCUAGGGUAGUUGUUUUUACUUUGUACAAAAUCUAGGUGUAGAGGAAUUUCCAACAGUUUCUGUCUCAUGUACCUUAACCGGUGCCAUUUAUGUUAAGUUCCGUGCACAAACUAUUUAUACAGGGUGUUCCAAAAGGUUGCAUUUUUGAAUCAAGUCUUAUAAUAGUGAAGCAGUUUUUUUCAAAAUACAUAGGUUGAGAGUUUACUUGUUUUUUUAUUUCAUAUAGUAUGUUGCAGAAAUCUGGUCAAAACUUACUUUUGGGACACCAUUUGCUUUUGUUUUUACAUGUCUCAUACUGAAUCGAUUUCAGUAUGAGAAAUUGGUUUUCUUUGCGAAGAUAUGAAUUGUUUAAAUUAAAGCUUUAUAAUCCACCGACUCAGUGCCAAUUAACUCUCCACCAAUUUAAGCAAUGGUAUUUUUAGUUCUUUAGCCGGUUCAAAUCGUGAGCUGGGUUUAUGUAGGAGCUGAAAACCAAAAAUAGUAAUAAGUGAUUAGUGACUAGGGUUGCCACCCGUACAUACUUUAUAAAAGAGUAUUGCACGUUGUUUCGGGAAUUGUAUUCUAUAUUCGAUAAGAAUAAUAAAGUAUUUUUGCGUACUUUGAUGGUUAAAUGACAGCAAGUAUUAAAAAAAACCUGUUUAUAUAUAUUUUUUAUUGUUUGCAUUAUUCGUCGGCAUUCACAGAGAGCGAGAGUUUAAAUUUUGUGUUGAAAAAUACCAAAUGGCGAGAUUAAAGAAUCAUUGAAUACGAUAUUUUAUUUGUCUAAACUAAAGAAAAAAGUGUUUAUAAGAAAAAUUAUAAAAUAUAAUUAAUUUGUAGGAACUUUAUUUUAAUACCAUGUAUUUUUUUCUAUCUAUAAUUUAAAAAUGUACAUUUGCUGAAAAAAGGUGGCAACCGUAAUUGUGACCCAGACGUUACAAUGAAACCAUUUAAAUUGUCUUCAAAAUAUGGGUUUUACAAAUUUCUUUCUAUAGGUAUCUAUUGAAAACUACGAAAGACUUCAAACAACUCAAUUUGACACAAAUAUUUGUUUCAGUCAAAUUAUGGUAAGGUCAGGGUGCCCUAUUCCGUCUACGUGGGCCUAUCCGUCUUUUUGCAAUUACUGGUGUACUAAACGAAAGAUAGUUUUGCUAACCGUAUAGGUAAAUAGGGGAUUUUUUUACUCUCACCUAUACGGCUAUCGAAGCUGUCUUUCGAAUAGAAAGUCCGUAUUGGCUAAGACGGAUUUGUCCUUAUAGACGAAAUAGGACCCCUACCAUAUCUUAAAUCUAGAUAUAACCACAGUAUCAGCACUAUUAACCAGCUCACGAUUAGCUCCAAUACCAUAGUUAUUAAUAUAAUACUUGUUAUAUAAGUACCUACUACCUUUUAAUACAGUUAUAUUUAGAAAUAAUUAUUCCUUAGCGUAUUACUUAAUAUAUAAAAUAUAUUUCAAGAUUUGGCCGCACACAACCUUGUAAGGGAAACGAAAUACCGCUGUAAAUGGUCGACUGGACUCGCCAAUUAGAAUCAUGUUGAAUUAAUUCGCCUUCUAUAUAUAUGAAACUCCAGUUAACGAACGUGUCGAAGUGUAUGACCACACAGAAUAUUAGCGAUUUGCUUCGGCACGCCUUGACUGCUCUGGUCGACGCCAGCCUUAAUAAUUCAGUUAUAUCUGUCACCAAAGCUGUUUUUCAGUUGCUAGAUGUAAAACGAUUAUCUAAACCAGCUAUACUCAACCUGCAGCCCGCCGAGAUUCCAAUUAGACCACCAGGCUUUAAAAAAACUUAAAUUUAUUGAAACUUUACCCAAGACCACUUGAACUAUAUAACUAUAUACUGUAUGUUAUAAUAAUAAAAUUAUUCAGUAAUUGUGCAUACUAUAUCGACGGAUAAAAAGCUAAUUGAUCUAAGCAACAUUUCUUUUCGAAAAAUUUUAACUUGGUUAAAAGUACAUAGCAAAAAUUCUGAUUUUAAAUAUAUGUGAAACAGUGUCGCAAAAAAAUGUUGCUUAAGUCUCUCACUCGUCGAUAUAUUUAAAUAUAAAUUUAAUUAGGUUCUUAGAUAUUGAAGUAGGUAUAUACAUUUAUGUUGUGGCCUAGGACACCACAACUCUGAAAACCACACUAAUAAAAAAAGGUUAAGCAAGGCUGUAUUAGGCCUCAAAUUGCGCAGUUCCUUCGUGAGACCUCGCAGGGGGAGUGUGACCAUAGCUUUAGAAUCGGUAAUCCAUAAAAACCGAUAAGUAUUGUGCAUUUUUUUUUUAAGAAAUAUGUCAGGCCAGGCGUAAUUACUUAAGAUACGAGAUUGGUAUGUAAAAGCAAGAAUAAACAAUCAAGAAGACGUAAAUAUUUCAUGGUUAGCAACAUACGUGGUCGUUUGUGAACAGUAGGGCUUUGCUUACUAUCGAGCCAUAAUAUAAGAAAACCCCCUGAAGAACCAAUAGCUGGUUCGCAAGAUUUGGAACACAGUCUGUGUUACACAACUAUUGAAUGCUAUGAUAAAAAAAGUCCUUUACGACUGCUGCAAUUAAUGAAUGAAAUUGAUAAAUCAUGUCUUGCAUUUGAGAAUGUGGUAAUUAUUGUUUAAUAUUUUUAUAGCAUAAUAAUGAUUUUAAUCGAUUACCACAAAUAUUUAUAGAUGUAAUUAUGUUAAACCAUAAUGAAUGCAUUUGAUUUCGUAGCUUAAACGGGGCGUCCGAUUUCGGGAGAAAAAUUCCUAAGAAUUAUUAUAUUCAAUGAUUUAUCGUGAAUGGAAAAGUGAAUUUGUUAAAAAAAUUGAAAGUUAAAGGCGAUAUUAAUAAUGUAACAUACCAUAUAUUGUAAUGUUUAUUUCAGUAUUUCGGACACCCUGUGUACGAACAAAUACAUUCCCUUGUAUUGAAUUGUUUGCAAUUGUUUCGCUGCGACUGUUGACAGCGCGUUGUUAGCAGACGGUGUGUUUGUCUUAAGUUAACCAUUGAUUGAAAUAAACAAUUUUUCCUCA